AUGGCCGUCACUCUGACCUUGGCUGACCACUCCUUCAUCGAGCGCAAGACUGCUCGCUACUACAUCCGCAGCCAUGCUAUGAAGGGGAAGGUCCUCGGCGGCAAGGUGCGCGCUCUUCGGAAACGACCUCGCGCCACCGAGACCAGGCGCGACACAUACCAUCUCCUUCAUGAGAAGAACAUGAAAACCGACGACAGCACCACCACCAUCCAUGUGGUCGACGACGACGCGCGGAUGGACUUGAACACCCUAUGGGAGCUCGAUGCCCCCGCAAAGAUGCCCUUCGUGGUGCACCAAGUCUCCAGUUCGGCCAUCACGACGCCCAAUAUGGAGCAGGCCAAGAUUUGCGGCAAGCUCCUCGCCCACGUCGGCAACGACCUCUCCGGCCUCGAGCCCGUCUGCGAGAUGACCACCCAGUCGCGUCGCUGGGUACACGACUUUCUGCUGUACAUUGGCGAUGCGCUCUCCCCCAGCGUCGACUUUUGCCACGGCAAGCCAGAUCCCACCCUGGGCACCUGGUUCAAGUACAUGCUCGCCGAUGAAGCUUACUUCCACUGCUUCGUGGCCCUCUCCGAGGCCUGCAUGGACUUUGUUCACGAGAAGGACUCGUACUCCACCGAGUACCGCCACCACAUGACAAAGGCCCUUCGGCUGCUCAACAACAAGCUGUCCAGCGACAAGGCGACCGCCGACACUAGCCUGGCUGGCGUCAUCUCACUCUGUCUGCUGACCUCGCUCCGUGGCCAGCUCGCGCAGACAAAAGUGCACUUUGACGGGCUCUGUCGCAUGAUUGAGCUGCGCGGUGGCAUGGACGAGAUCAAGCACAACCCUGCGCUGAUUGAGAAGACUCUUCGGAUCGACAUUGACCUGGCGCUGCAACUCGGCUGCCCAACGCGCCUGGGCCACGCCGCCAAGGACAUGGAGACUAUUGUGCCCAUCUUCUUCAACCCAGCCUUUGAGGUGCGCUCGCCGCUCCUCAACGCCGCCCGCAACGCCGACGCCGACGUCUUCGCGGCCACCGAGACCAUUAUGAAGGUCUCGCGCCUCUUCAACUCGGGCGUCGCCCAGAAGAAGCUCGGGCCCCAGGCCUUUCAGGACAUAAUCACCACCACCUGCUACCGCCUCCUCGAGAUCCGCCCCGUCGGCGCCACCCGCGGCACCGACCACCUGCACCCCGUCGCCGACGCCAUCCAACUCGCCCUCCUCGCCUUUAUGACCACGACUCUCAUCCAGCUCGGCCGCCAGCGCCGCCUGCGUUACGAGAUGCUCGCCACCAAGCUCAUGCGCGCCCUCGACAACCCCCAGUUCCAGGCUGCCGUCGAUCCCGCCACGCACCUCUGGCUGCUCGUCGUCGCCGGCAUCUCCGUCCUCCACAGGGACGACCGCGUCUGGCUUCAGCCGCGCCUCGCCGACGCCGUCGCUCAGUUUGGCCCCACACAGUGGUCCUUUGCCAGGCGCCUGCUCGGCAAGUACCCCUGGGUCGUCGACCUGCACGACGAGCCGGCCGCCAAGCUGUGGGCCAGCUGCUUCCCCGAGUGCUGA